AUGUUUAUGUUUGAAAGGAUCUCUCAGCGGGUGGAGACCAGCUGGGCACAGCUUCAGACGAUCAGUGAGAGAGUCACACUCGCUCAAGCAAAAAUUGAGAAGAUAAAGGGCAGCAAGAAGGCUAUUAAGGUGUUUUCCAGUGCCAAGUAUCCAGCCCCUGAACGGCUGCAGGAGUACAGUUCGAUUUUUGCUGGUGCAGAAGACCCAGCUAAUCAGAAAUGGCCAAGACACAAGAUUCAGAGCAAACACCGAAUGCUGGAUGAGAAAGCUCUGCAGGAAAAGCUCAAGUACUUCCCUGUUUGUGUGAACACCAAAAUUCACCAGGAGGAUGAUGCAGAAGAAGGCCUUGGCAGCCUCCCCAGGAACAUCAGCUCCCUCAGCUCGCUGCUGCUCUUCAAUACCACUGAGAACUUGUACAAGAAGUAUGUUUUCCUGGAUCCUCUGGCUGGAGCAGUGACCAAGACCCAUGUGGCUCUGGAAACAGAAACAGAAGAGAAGCUCUUUGAUGCUCCUCUCUCCAUCACCAAAAGGGGACAGCUGGACCGACAGGUAGCUGAAAACUACUUCUAUGUGCCAGAUCUGGGCCAGGUCCCUGAGAUUGAUGUGCCAUCCUACCUGCCAGACCUGCCUGGCAUUGCUGCAGAUCUUAUGUACAGUGCGGAUCUGGGCCCCGGCAUCGCACCGUCCGCCCCUAGCAGUGCUAUUCCAGAGCUGCCCACUUUCAACACUGAGUCUGUGGAGCCUUUGCAACCAGACCUUCAAGAUGCUGAGCUACUGCCGCCUCCUCCACCACCACCUCCCCCACCACCUCCUGUUAUGCCAACUACUGUGCCUCCACCACCUCCCCUGCCCCAGCCCACUGCCCCCUCUGAGCCAGCCCGGACAGCGAGUGAGGAGAGCAGCAAUGCAGUGCCUGCAGCUUCAGUUCAGGGAGCCCCAAAGGAGGUGGUGAACCCUUCUAUUGGGCGUGCCAGUCUUCUGGAGUCCAUCCGCCAGGCUGGUGGCAUUGGGAAGGCCAACCUCCGCAGUGUCAAGGAGAGGAAGCUGGAGAAGAAGAAGCAGAAGGAACAAGAACAAGUGAGAGCUACAGGACAAGGUGGCGAUUUGAUGUCAGACCUCUUCAACAAACUGGUGCUGAGGCGCAAAGGUAUUUCAGGGAAAGGGCCAGGAGCCUCUGGAAACCCAGAUGCCCCUGGAAGUCCUGCCGGUGCCUUUGCUCGUAUGUCGGACUCAAUACCACCCCUUCCACCCCCACAGCAGCCUGUGGGGGAUGAGGAUGACUGGGAGACAUAGAUGGGGUCAGUUGAGUGUCUGUGUGAAUCC